ACCAAGGGGGAAGGUUGAAUCUCAGAAGACCAAUCGUGUUCGUUGUUUGUUAGAUGACGUGUUCUCGCAUGUCAGAUCACAUAUUGGCAUUAUUAGAUUCGGGGGCUACAAAAAGUGUGACUGGGGAGAAGUGUUGGAGGAUUUUAAGAGGAACUGAUCGGAGUUCUACUUAACCCAAUCUGCCUUCCAAAAUGAUUGUGUUCCCCCUAGUAUUUGCGCUGAACACAAUUUUCUGCAGUGCUCAACUUAUCACAAAAUUCCAAGUGUGCUCGCGUUCAGAUCCUGAUAUCAACAGCUGCCUCAAGUCCGCAGUCGUAAAUGCACUUCCUGUCUUGAAAGACGGAGUAAACGAAUAUGGUCUCCUGUCACUCGAGCCAAUCACGCUUGAAAGAUUCGUAGUUAAAGCGGUGCCUCCAACGCAUUUUGACCAGGUCUACACCAACAUCAAAGUCUACGGUUACAUGUCUAGCCAAAUUGAAGAAGUCACCGCCCAAAUUACCGACGACAGCUUUUCGAUUACCAUAAAACCGUUCACCGAAAAGGUACAGAUAACUUCCGGCUACCAAUUCGACGGCGCCAUCUUCGGGGGUGUCGACGUCAGCAGUGCCGGACAAUGCAGUGCUACUAUCGUUAACAAGACGAUGACGAUUAAAUUUAGUGGAUCACCGAAAACCGUUGGGGGAGAGACAUACCUGGAAGCGAAGGGCAUCCAAAUAACCGACCCCAAGGCCGAAAAGGUUACGUUCACCUUUACCUCCGAAGACAAACCGGAGGCGGCAAGUUUGCUAACGAAAAGUUUUAACCAACACUGGGGUGUUAUAGCUACGGAUGAAUUACAAAAGACUAUGGGUGUUUAUUCUGCUGCGUUUCUAAAAGAGGCAAAUGUUGUUUUCUCAAAAAUUCCAUUUGAUACCUUAUUCCCAAAGUAAAUCUUUCAUUUAAAAACUUCUAUGUUCAUAAACUGUAAUGGACUCCACCAUGGUAUCGCUAAUGUGGUAAAAAUUAAAAGUAAUUUUAAUCACAA